GGUUCCCCCCUGGAGUCAGGUUCCUUCUGUCUCAGGUAUGUGGAGCUGGUGAACACGGCCUGCACCUUCGAGCCGCACGAGAGCUUCUUCAGCCUCUUCUCAGACCCUCGCAGCACCCGCCUCACCCGCAUCCACCUUCGGGAGGACCUGGUGCAGGACCAGGACCUGGAGGCCAUUCGCAAGCAGGACCUGGUGGAGCUCUACCUGACCAACUGCGAGAAGCUCUCCGCCAAGAGCCUGCAGACCCUGCGCAGCUUCAGCCACACGCUGGUGUCCCUGAGCCUCUUUGGCUGUGCCAACAUCUUCUACGAGGAGGAGAACCCGGGGGGCUACGAGGACGAGUGCCUCGUCAACCCCACCUGCCAGGUGCUGGUCAAGGACUUCACCUUCGAGGGCUUCAGCCGCCUCCGCUUCCUCAACCUGGGCCGCAUGAUCGACGGCGUCCCCGUGGAGUCGCUGCUGCGGCCACUGCGCUCUCUGGCCGCCCUGGACCUGUCAGGCAUCCAGACGAGCGAUGCCGCGUUCCUCACGCAGUGGAAGGACAGCCUGGUGUCCCUUGUGCUCUACAACAUGGACCUUUCUGACGACCAUAUCCGCGUCAUCGUCCAGCUGCACAAGCUGCGACACCUGGACAUCUCCCGAGACCGCCACUCCAGCUACUACAAGUUCAAGCUGACCCGGAAGGUGCUGAGCCUCUUCGUGCAGAAGCUGGGGAGCCUCCUGUCCCUGGACAUUUCCGGCCACAUGAUCCUGGAGAACUGUAGCAUCAACAAGAUGGAGGAGGAAGCGGGGCAGACCAGCACCGAGCCUUCUAAGAGCAGCAUCAUGCCUUUCCGGGCUCUGAAGAGGCCCCUGCAGUUCCUGGGACUCUUCGAGACCUCCCUGUGCCGCCUCACGCACAUUCCUGCCUACAAAGUGAGUGGCGACAAAAAUGAGGAGCAGGUGCUGAACGCCAUCGAAGCCUACACUGAGCACCGGCCUGAGAUCACGUCCCGGGCCAUCAACCUGCUGUUUGACAUUGCACGUAUUGAACGCUGCAACCAGCUCCUUCGGGCCCUGAAGCUGGUCAUCACGGCCCUCAAGUGCCACAAGUACGACAAGAACAUCCAAGUGACAGGCAGCGCUGCCCUCUUCUACCUGACCAACUCCGAGUACCGCUCAGAGCAGAGUGUGCGGCUGCGCCGGCAGGUCAUCCAGGUGGUGCUGAAUGGCAUGGAGUCCUACCAGGAGGUGACGGUGCAGCGGAACUGCUGCCUGACGUUGUGCAACUUCAGCAUCCCCGAGGAGCUGGAGUUCCAGUACCGCCGCGUCAACGAGCUCCUGCUGAGCAUCCUGAGCCCCACGCGGCAGGACGAGUCCAUCCAGCGCAUCGCCGUGCACCUGUGCAACGCCCUGGUGUGCCAGGUGGACAACGACCACAAGGAGGCCGUGGGCAAGAUGGGCUUCGUCGUGACCAUGCUGAAGCUGAUUCAGAAGAAGCUGCUGGACAAGACGUGUGACCAGGUCAUGGAGUUCUCCUGGAGCGCCCUGUGGAACGUCACUGACGAGACGCCAGACAACUGCGAGAUGUUCCUCAACUUCAACGGCAUGAAGCUCUUCCUGGACUGCCUGAAGGAAUUCCCAGAGAAGCAGGAGCUGCAUCGGAAUAUGCUGGGGCUCCUGGGGAACGUGGCGGAGGUGAAGGAGCUGCGGCCUCAGCUGAUGACCUCUCAGUUCAUCAGCGUCUUUAGCCACUUGCUGGAGAGCAAGGCGGACGGCAUCGAGGUGUCCUACAACGCCUGCGGAGUCCUCUCCCACAUCAUGUUCGACGGGCCCGAGGCCUGGGGUGUCUGUGAGCCGCAGCGGGAGGAGGUGGAGGAGCGCAUGUGGGCAGCCAUCCAGAGCUGGGACACCAACUCCCGCAGGAACAUCAACUACAGGUCAUUUGAGCCAAUUCUGCGCCUCCUUCCCCAGGGCAUCUCUGCUGUCAGCCAGCACUGGGCCACCUGGGCCCUGUACAACCUGGUGUCCGUCUACCCUGACAAGUACUGCCCCCUGCUGAUCAAAGAAGGUGGGGUGCCUCUUCUGACGGACAUGAUGGAGAUGGCCACCGCCCGACAGGAGACCAAGGAGAUGGCUCGCAAGGUGACGGAGCAGUGCAGUAACUUCAAAGAGGAGAACAUGGACACGUCCAGAUAGAGGCCUCGGCCGCCCAUCGGGACCCCAGGCCGAGAAGAAGCACUUGUGUGGCCCAGCGGCAGGCGCCUUCCACAGCCUCCCACGGGACAGAGACAGAGGGGACUUUUGCACAAGCAACGCUUUUCCUUAACAUUAGUGAGAUAUAUAUAUUAUAUAUAUAUAUUAUUUUUGUUGUUAGGCAGUGUGAAGUUUUGUGUGUAUGAUUUCUGUACAAAAGCAACUUCCUGAGCCCCACCGCUUCCGUGUCCAUUCCCCAGCCAGCCCGGCCUUCACCACUGCCAUCCCCCCCCCCCACCCGCCCUCCUCUUCCAGCCCCCGCCCUGAGUGACUCCCCCAGCCGCUAAACGCCUCUGGGUGUCUGGUCCCUCCUGACAAGGAGCCGGGCCUGGCUUCUGUCCUCCAGAGAAGAGCAGCCCUUCCCAGGGCCUCGCCAGCCCCCGUGCCGCCUGCCCACACCCGAGGGCCUCGUCCCCGCUCCGGGGGGCAGCUGGUGGGGUCUGGCUCCCCCCAGAAGCCUCGGUGCUCCGGGCCACGGCCGCCUAGGGCAGGAGCGGGACCUGGAGGCCCCGUGGCGGGGUGUGGAGCUGCAACCUGGCCCUGCCCGCCUGCGGCCACGCUGCUACGAGGCUGUCUCCCAGCCUCCCUCAGGCCCCAGGCUGCGGAAGGCCCAUCCCAGGGUGGCCGGAAGUCAGGGGGCAGAUUCUGUGGCCCCCCCUCCCCCCGCCAAACACACCCAGAACCUGUCCCCAGCUCUGGAACCCAGCGGGGCCCAGACCCGCUUCCUCUCCCAACCCUGUGCUGCCCACAGCACCCGAGGUGCUCAGCCUCUCCCACCAGCACAACAACGCCUGCCUGGCCGGCGGCGUGCCCCCCGCCGCCCCGGGAGCCCCACGGCUGGAGGCAGGGGUCCCCCCCAAGCUCUUGGUGGCAGCAGAGGCAGCCACUUCCGGACCAGCACCUGGACGGCCCCUCCCUGCCCGUCCCCCGCCCCCGUGGCCCCGGGCAGCGGCUGGCCUUGCCCUGCGCCGCCCCUGCCUCACUGAAGGAAGCAGCGCGCGGGACCCCCCACGCGGCCCCACGCGGCCCCCCGGAGCUCAGGAGGCGGUGCCCUAAAUGGCCACUUUGGGGCCUUUUCUCAUUUCCUUCCCCGGCCUGGCUUUGGAUUCUCCUGCCACUCCUGCCUCCACAACAGGCCAGAUGAGCAGGACCCAGGCCACGGGCCCUUCCUCCCGAAACCUCUCCCUUGGGCCGGGCGGGAUAGCCUCGCCCUGGGCUGGGGGGGGGGGAGGGGGGGAGCAGACGCUGCCCCUCCUUCCCCACCCAGGCCCUCCCGGCCCAGCCCGACCCCGGCCGAGCUCCUGCCGCUCAUCGCAUCGCUUCACAGCCCGGGACCCGGGAAAUGUCUGUACUUUCGGAUGUCACAGAAAUACAUUUUUGUGCAAAGUG